CGUAGGUAAUCUGUGAUGCGUGAUUUGCGCUGUUCGUUGCUAGAAGCGCUGUUCUCUGACUCGUGGAAGGAGAUGUCUACACAUAAGAAGAAAACCAGGAAGUUACGGGGACACGUAAGCCACGGCCAUGGACGAAUAGGAAAACAUAGAAAGCAUCCUGGUGGUCGUGGUAAUGCUGGUGGUAUGCACCAUCACAGGAUCAAUUUCGACAAAUAUCACCCAGGCUACUUUGGAAAGCUUGGUAUGAGAAAUUACCACCUGCGAAGAAACUCUAAAUGGUGUCCUACGAUUAAUUUGGAUAAACUAUGGACCCUUGUGAGCGAGCAGACCAGGCUUAAGUACAAAGAUCAUCCAGAUGGCAAGGCACCAGUUAUUGACAUUGUAAAGGCGGGUUAUUACAAAGUCUUGGGAAAGGGUAGCCUACCAAAACAGCCUGUCAUCGUGAAAGCCAAGUUCUUCUCCAAGCGAGCUGAGAACAAGAUCAAGAAGGUUGGAGGUUGCUGUGUCUUACAGGCUUAACAUGUGAUGUUGCUGUUUUGUAUAGUGAUAAUAAAUAAGUCAAAUAAG